ACACACAAAAAGAUUUGUAUAAUCUUGAACUAGCACUGUUGAGUAUCAAGACAACAGUACAUAUAAUCAUGCUCACAAAACACUGAGCUAGUUAGCUAGGCAGUAGGUAUUCACAGAUCUCGAGGCACCCAGAAUUUCAGUUGAGUUUGUAGUGGAGAGAUAGAAGAGUUAAAAGGGUUGGUUUUGAUUGUGGAAGUGGUGGGUGAUGAUUUUUGGAGGUAUUUGUUGUUGGGAAGUGAGGUGAUGUUGUUUGGAUAAGGGGAUAGAAAGGUGGUGGUUUUUUUAUGUGAGUUUUGGUACUGGUUUGUUUUGAUUGUUGAUCAUUGUGGUAGAAGGGUGUGUGAUGGAUCAUGAUUGAAGAUCAAGAGAGUGAGGUUUUUGGGGAGAGAAUGGAGGUUUUGGGGGGAUUCUUGAUUUUGAUGUUGUUGCAAGGCUGUUUUGCAUCUCUUUCUCCUUCUGGAGUGAACUAUGAAGUUGUAGCCUUGAUGGCCAUAAAAAAUGACUUAAUUGAUCCUCACAAUAUGCUGGAGAAUUGGGAUAUUACGUUUGUGGAUCCAUGCAGUUGGAGAAUGAUUACCUGCACUCCUGAUGGCUAUGUUUCUGUUCUAGGACUACCUAGCCAGAAUUUGUCGGGGACCUUAUCUCCAGGGAUCGGUAACCUCACUAACCUGCAAUAUGUGUUAAUGCAAAAUAAUGCCAUUUCUGGCUCUAUUCCUGCUGCUAUUGGAAAAUUGGAGAAGCUGCAAACACUUGAUCUCUCCUCCAACAAGCUACAUGGUGAAAUCCCUAGUUCGUUUGGUGACCUUAAGAACCUGAAUUAUUUGCGACUAAACAACAAUAGUCUUACUGGAAAGAUACCUGAUUCUCUGUCGGGACUCGGCGCUCUUACUCUCGUGGAUAUGUCUUUCAACAAUUUCAGUGCUCCUGUGCCAAAAUUACCUGCAAGAACUUUCAGGAUUACCGGCAAUCCUUUAAUUUGUCCCGAAGGAGCUGAAAACAAUUGUUCUGUUAUAUAUCAGAAGCUUCCGUCCUUCCCCCCAGAUGAUCAAAUUGAAUCCGGGAGAAAAGACCACCACCACAUAGCUAUUGCAAUGGGUACAAGUUUUGGUGCUGCUCUUCUAAUCAUUAUAAUCAUAGGGUCCCUGGUAUGGUGGCGAUAUAGGCACAAUAAGCAGAUUUUUUUUGAUGUUCACGAUCAAUAUGAUCCAGAUGUAUGUUUGGGACAUUUGAGGAGGUAUACCUUCAAGGAACUUCGAACUGCCACCGAUCAUUUCAACUCGAAGAAUAUUUUGGGGAGAGGAGGAUUUGGCAUCGUUUAUAAAGGUUGCUUAAAUGAUGGGACUACUGUAGCUGUCAAAAGGUUGAAGGAGUAUAAUACCUUGGGGGGUGAAAUACAAUUCCAGACAGAAGUAGAACUGAUAAGCUUGGCCCUUCAUCGGAAUCUUCUCCGCCUCUUGGGGUUCUGCACGACAGAAAGUGAACGAAUUCUUGUUUAUCCAUACAUGGUAAAUGGGAGCGUGGCAUCUAGACUAAGAGAUCAUGUCCUUGGCAGGCCAAUCUUAGAUUGGUCAAGGCGAAAGCAGAUAGCUUUAGGUACGGCAAGGGGAUUAUUUUAUCUCCACGAGCACUGUGACCCAGGAAUCAUCCAUCGUGAUGUGAAGGCAGCCAACAUCCUGUUGGAUGAAGACUUUGAGGCAGUUGUUGGUGAUUUUGGGUUGGCAAAGCUAUUGGAUCAUCGUGAAUCUCAUGUGUCCACGGCUGUCCGUGGUACUGUUGGCCACAUUGCUCCGGAGUAUCUUUCAACUGGUCAGUCAUCAGAUAAAACUGACGUCUUUGGUUUUGGCAUCUUGCUUCUUGAGUUGAUCACAGGUCAAAAAGCUUUGGACUUUGGCCGGGCAGCUAGUCAGAAAGUUGUGAUGCUUGAUUGGGUGAAGAAGCUGCGUCAAGAUGGAAAGCUAGACCUAAUUGUAGAUAAAGAGUUAAAGAAAGAUUAUGACAAGAUCGAGUUGGAAGAGAUUGUGCAGGUAGCUCUUUUAUGCACACAAUUCAACCCUUCGAACCGUCCCAAAAUGUCAGAAGUAUUAAGAAUGCUGGAAGGCGACGGUUUAGCUGAAAAAUGGGAGGCCUCUCAGAGAGAUGAAACACCAAGUUGCAGGACAUCAGAAACCACUCCUGAAAGAUACUCAGAUUUCAUCGAAGAAUCUUCCCUCGUGGUCGAGGCCAUGGAGCUUUCAGGUCCUCGAUGACAGAUACACAAUUUCUUGUACUUCAAUUCAGUUAUAUGUAGUAUGUUGGUAAAACCAUUGAGCUGAGAAACAGGCAUUUGGUGUUAUAGGCUUAUAGCUGACUAGCCAGUGCUCAUAGAAGUAGAAAUUUCGAGAUCGAAAGCCAAUGUGUAUAAGCAUUUGAGUUUAUUGCGCAUGAAUGGUGCAUUUGAGUCAUUGAGUGAUCAAUAUUUGUAGAA